CCCCAGUGUGUCCACGAGUCUGCGGCUCUUUCCUAUGACUACCUUAGGUGGGUAGGGUGGCAAGCAGCUGCCAGCACUUUUCAACUUUCUUCUGUCUUCUUGAUCUUGCUUUCUUUCUCUUCCUUCUCCCUUUUCCGGUCAUCCCAUCCAAUUCUGCAGUGACCGUUUUUCUCCAUCUCUUUCUUUCGCCUGCAGUUGCUCUUUCACCUGCCUCAGAUCUGCAAGUCGCUCCCUUCGGACGAUACCCUGUUCUCCUCUCGCACCCUUCCAGUGCAUCCUGGUGCGAAGAGAUUCGGUUCGCCGUCUUUCAUUCCAUAGUACGCAGGAUAUAUAAUCCCUUGACCACGCUGAUCGUUACGGCUGCGACUUGAUUCCUUCUCUGGUCUCGACUCUCACGCGUACGCCUGGCAGACGAACUGUCAGCUGUCUGCUUACACCCAAAGUCCUGACGAGGCAUCCGGGUCCCAUUCCAAAACCACGGAGAGGGUUGCUUCCAGCUCCUACCACAGCCAUGGCUGCAAACUCCAAGCGUAUCUUCCAGAUGCUCUGGCUGGCCGCAGGUUUGAUCUUCACCCUCGCCCUCCUCCGCUCCCUCGGUACCCCCGAUCAGGCCAAGGAGUGGGCAUCCAGCAAGGUUAGCAGCCUCAUGGCCAGCGACGGCGGCCGUGUUUCAAUGCGCGAGUUCAUGGCCACCGCCGAGGCCAUCUGGGCCAAAACCGUCCAGCAGCGUCAUGACAUGAUUGCUACCGACUACGGCGAUGCCUCUUUGAUGCCUCUAUUUCCCUCCAAAACCGUCGAUGGAUACAUAAAUCACCCCUACUCUAUCUGGGACUUCGCUCCGGCUUCCUUCAGCUGCCCUCAUGAGGUGGAACGCAUCGGACGCAUGGGGGACGGUGGCAAGUGGGUUUGCGGCAUGUCGCGCUACGUCAAUUAUCCCAAGAAUCGCGAGUGCAUCAUCUACUCCUUUGGUGUUCGCGAUGAGUCUAGUUUCGAAAACGAAAUGUUGAGCCGAACCAAAUGCCGUGUUUGGGCCUACGACUUCUCCGUUGUCGAUUUUGGCCAGCAGCUCGAACCCGCAAACCGUGACAGAGCCACCUUCCUCCAGGCCGGCAUUGCUGGGAAGACGGAUACCACAAAAUCGCCUCCAUUCUACAGCAUCAGCGAUUUAAUGGACAUGAACGGUCACGAAUACAUUGACAUUCUCAAGAUGGAUAUCGAAUUUGCCGAGUUCGAAGCCAUGGACGCUCUUCACAACGACUUUCCCAUCAUGGCCGGCGAGCUCCCUAUCGGUCAAUUCAUGGUCGAGAUACACCUCGGUCACGGCAUGACCUCCUCCGAAUUCCUCGACUGGUGGGAGCGCCUUGAGUCCCGCGGCCUGCGCCCUACCUGGACCGAGCCCAACCUUCUCUCUGUCACCAUGAACGUGGGCGAAGGGGACCCGGUGUAUGCCGAGUACACCAUGGUCAAUGUCCACGACAGCAAGAACAUAUUGUUUGGUGGAAGAUUGUAGAUUUUAUUGCGGGGUAAAAACAUGUUUCAUUAACCUUGACUUGGCGGGGGGGGGGGGGUCGGAAGUUGAGGAGCGUGCUACCGAAGAAGUCAGAGAAAAUGACUGUAAACCUGCAUUUUUUACUUGCAGAAUGACGCACUGGGAAGAUUAUGCCAAAGUAACAGGAGUUGCUUGUGAUUAGAGAGCUGCGGACAGGGCCUAGCUCAAAUACAG